AGUAACGAGUCCGGGGCCGGCCGUGCCGUCGCAGCAGCCGCCAGGCGCCCGGGACGAGGAGGUGGAGGAGGGAGAGGGCCCCGCGGGCCUCGCCGCCGCCCGCCGCCCCCUCCCCGCCACUCCUCCCCGCCGCAGCGCCUCAUGAGAGCGCGACCGGAGGGCAGAUUUGAUAAUGGGCUGCAUUAAAAGUAAAGAGAAUAAAAGUCCAGCCAUUAAAUACAGAACCGAAAACACUCCAGAACAGACACUUAAUACAAGUGUCAGCCAUUAUGGAGCAGAACAUACUGCAGUAGCACCAUCAUCUUCAACAAAGGGAACAUCUGUUAAUUUUAACAGUAUUUCCAUGACACCAUUUGGAGGAUCCUCAGGGGUGACACCGUUUGGAGGAGCAUCUUCCUCAUUCUCAGUGGUGCCAACUUCAUAUCCUGCUGGUUUAACAGGUGGUGUUACUAUAUUUGUGGCCUUAUAUGAUUAUGAAGCUAGAACUACAGAAGACCUUUCAUUUAAGAAGGGUGAAAGAUUUCAAAUAAUUAACAAUACGGAAGGAGACUGGUGGGAAGCAAGAUCAAUUGCUACAGGAAAGAGUGGCUAUAUCCCUAGCAAUUAUGUAGCCCCUGCAGAUUCCAUUCAGGCAGAAGAAUGGUAUUUUGGCAAAAUGGGGAGAAAAGAUGCUGAAAGAUUACUUCUGAAUCCUGGGAAUCAACGAGGUAUUUUCCUAGUAAGAGAAAGUGAAACUACUAAAGGUGCUUAUUCUCUCUCUAUUCGUGACUGGGAUGAGAUAAGAGGUGACAAUGUGAAACACUACAAAAUUAGGAAACUUGACAAUGGUGGAUACUAUAUUACAACCAGAGCACAAUUUGAUACUUUACAAAAAUUGGUAAAACACUAUACAGAACAUGCUGAUGGUCUGUGCCAUAAAUUAACAACUGUGUGUCCAACUGUGAAACCCCAGACUCAAGGUUUAGCAAAAGAUGCCUGGGAAAUCCCUCGAGAAUCUUUGCGACUAGAGGUUAAACUAGGCCAAGGAUGUUUUGGUGAAGUAUGGAUGGGAACGUGGAAUGGAACUACAAAAGUGGCCAUAAAAACACUGAAACCAGGUACAAUGAUGCCAGAGGCUUUUCUUCAAGAGGCUCAGAUAAUGAAAAAACUAAGACACGAUAAACUUGUUCCAUUAUAUGCUGUUGUUUCUGAAGAGCCAAUUUAUAUUGUCACUGAAUUUAUGUCAAAAGGGAGUUUAUUAGAUUUCCUGAAGGAGGGAGAUGGAAAGUAUUUGAAGCUCCCACAACUGGUUGAUAUGGCUGCUCAGAUUGCUGAUGGUAUGGCAUAUAUUGAAAGAAUGAACUAUAUACAUCGAGAUCUUCGGGCUGCUAAUAUUCUUGUAGGAGAAAAUCUUGUGUGCAAAAUAGCAGAUUUUGGUUUAGCAAGGUUAAUUGAAGACAAUGAAUAUACAGCAAGACAAGGAGCAAAAUUUCCAAUCAAAUGGACAGCUCCCGAGGCUGCACUAUAUGGCCGAUUUACAAUCAAGUCUGAUGUAUGGUCAUUUGGAAUUCUACAGACAGAACUGGUAACAAAAGGCAGAGUGCCAUAUCCAGGUAUGGUAAACCGUGAAGUGCUGGAACAGGUGGAACGAGGGUAUAGGAUGCCUUGCCCUCAGGGCUGCCCAGAGUCCCUACAUGAAUUGAUGAAUCUUUGUUGGAAGAAGGACCCUGAUGAAAGACCAACAUUUGAAUAUAUCCAGUCCUUCUUGGAAGACUAUUUCACUGCUACCGAGCCACAGUACCAGCCAGGAGAAAAUUUAUAAUUCAAGUAGCCAAUUUUAUAUGUACAAAUCUGCCAAAAUGUAAAGUACUUAUGUAGACUUCCUCACUUACAUACAGGAAUCAAAAGAAGAAAAUCUUCACGCUGCAUGUUUUUAAUGGUAAACUGGAAUUUCAAAUGUUGCACAAAACCACUUUUACCCCUAAGUGUUAAACUCUAAAGUACCAAUGAUGAAUUUCCAACUUAAUUUAAAAUCCAAAGAAAAUGUAACUAAACUGUGGGUAACAGUGUGACUGGUAGUAUGACAACAAAGAGCAACAAAGUUACUGUUUAUAAAUCACUUCUUUUAUUCCUCAAACUCAGAAUUUUAAGAGUGAAUUAUCACAAUAGACAAAAAUUGGGAGGUAAAAAGUUAAAAUUAAGAAAUUUUAUGGGACCAAACAAUUCCAUUCCAGUUUUUAAAAAAAUUCUUACUUUGUUCUCAAAAGUUUUUUCUAGGUUGAAUAGUUAAUAUACAAUCUUAAUAUAUGACUCCUUUUGCAUGGAAGUGGGCCAGGUUUUUAGAAGCAAAAGGGAAUAUAAAUAGCUCUAAAACUUGAUUAAGUGCUUAGACCACAGCAGUGUAAAUCUGAAAGUAUAGUGUACUACGCUAAUACUCAUGAAACUGGAAAAUAGAGGAAGUUUUUCACUUUAAUCAUUUUCUGAAUAGCAGUAUAGAAUAAUGAAAGUAACCAAAAAGUGAGUCAAUCCUUUAUAAGAUUGUUUUUAAGGCGAUAUAUUAAAAUUGUACUCUCCAAUACAAAGGAAAAUCUUUUAAUCUUUAGGUAGCAUGAAAAAAUAGGUCCACACUUAAGCAGUCCUUUUGAAAAAAUAGACUGGUACUGUGAGAUAUUACUAAUACGUAGUUAAGGUGUUGGGUGCCACAAAUAUAAAAUAUCACUAGAUCAGGGACUUGAAUGCACUUUUGCUCUUAAUGAACAGAAAUGGGAAAAUGUAUUUAAAUGAUGAACAGAAUGAACAAAAUGAAAAUGUAUUUAAAGAAAUGUGAGAAGAAAAUGUGUAAGUUUUACAGAGAAGAGGAAUGGAAGGUUAGUUUAAUGUUGGUUAAAAAUGGCUUUGCUGGCACUCAAAGCUCAUCCCUUAACCUAUUUUCUGAGAUUUUAAGAGUUGUAAGGUAUGACUAUCAAACUAAUCUGUCUUAACAUAAACACUAAAUGAGUAGCCUCAAAAUAGCUGUUAAGGCUUCCCACUAAUUCUAGUGAUACAGCUUUUGUGCAAAACAUUUCUAGGACUUGGUUUUCAAAUCUGUAUUUGAAUCUGCAUUCACUUUUUUAAAAUAUUGUACUUAAUGGUGAUCAUCUUUUCCCUUUUAAGAUUUAAUUGAUUUGAAAAGAAAAAUUUAUUCAGAAUAAAAACGGUUGAUAUAAAAGGGGUUACAGAUUUUACCCAUUUAAAGUGCAGAUUUUUAAGACUGACUUAGAAAUUCCAAAAUAAGAAUUUGAAUAACAGCAUUAGAACUUUGUUCCUAGCAAAGAAAUUAAAUCUGACAAAUAUAAGCCUGUUAUUUAUGUUUUAAAAUUAAAACUAUCUUUUAUAUUCCCAUGUUAAAUAAAUGGAAAGUACCAAUUCUGCAUGCUUUAGGAAUAGAAUUUUCAACCACCAUCACUUACCUGAUUUAAUCAUUUAAAAGUUCUGUGCCAUGUUGAAACAGAUUUCUUAAUGUGACAAAUGAACUUCAUACAAGUUGACAACAGUCUGGUACUAAAAACUGGUGGUUUCUUAUGUUUACAUAACCAGCUUAGUAUUGAAUUCCUCUUCCAAGAGGAUCUUCCUAAGAAGACUGCCAUCAUUAUUUACCUUUAAUGUCUAUAGCCUGUGACAUCAGAUAUUUAAAGGGCUUUAUGUGAACUAUAAUAUUAUAAUUUUUCUAAUCAUUUUAAAAAGGAUAACAAAUUAUAUGUUUAUGUAUUAAUUUUGUUAAAAAUAAACCAGGAAUAAACCAGGAAAAGUUGAUGGUCUUCAGUAGGUUUUAAUUGAAUGGAGCAAUUCAUCAUAAUAGCAGCUGUAUAGUAGGGAAAGAAAACACUAAUAACUUAACGUGUAUUCAGUUUUAAAUGAUUAUGUAUUUUUAAAUUGCCAAGAAAAAUAAACAACUUUGUACAUUUGAAGACUUUUUCCAACAGUUUUUCCAUCUUCACUAUUUUAGUGUUGAAGUUAAACCCUUGGUUUAUGUCAACCAAAAAAAGUUGACAUAAACAGCCUUUUAGCACAAACACUUUUUUAAAUGAAAAUGGUAACCUAAAAGUUAAUAUUUUUUAUAAGUGUA